AUGAAGGAGGUCGAGGAGAAGUACGGAAGCGCAGACAUCUUGGUUAACAAUGCGGGCAUCACCAAGGACACCUUGAUGAUGCGCAUGAAGGAGCCCAUGUGGGAUGACGUGAUCAACACCAAUCUCAACUCGGUGUUCCGGAUGACCAAAGCGGUGUCCAAGUCCAUGAUGAAGAAGAGGUGGGGCCGCAUUAUCAGCAUCUCCUCCGUGGUCGGAUCCAUGGGCAACGCCGGCCAGACCAACUACGCCGCGGCCAAGGCCGGCCUGGAGGGCUUCACCCGAGCCUACGCGCGCGAGGUGGGCAGCCGCGGGAUCACCGUCAAUGCGGUGGCACCAGGUUUCAUCGCCACCGAUAUGACGGACGUGCUGUCAGACGAGCUGAAGGAGAAGUUGCUCCAGACCGUGCCGGUCGGACGCCUUGGCACCCCGGACGAGAUCGCAGAUGCCGUGCUGUAUCUGGCCAGCCCAGGCACCUCGUACGUGACCGGCCAUACCCUGCACGUGAACGGUGGGAUGUUCAUGGCCUGA